AUGAUUUCUUCUUUUAAUUAGAAAUUUCUACCUUAUUGAUUCAUAUGUUUAAAUAAGUCGAUCCUAGAGUGGAUUAAAACUAUCUGUUUUAAACCAACGACCAUUGAAAUAUAGAACUAACUCUCUAGAUCCAGUCAGGCGGGUUCGCCUCCCGCAGUGUGUCGGUAUUUUAUGCAGAUCUGUGUUUGUUUGUCUGAACAGGUUAAACUGGAACCAGAGGUCCAAGAAACCAAAGUCCAGGAACUGAGUUGGAGUCCCACUCAUCCACCCACGGUCAGUGGGAGCUGACCAUGGAGGACACGGGGUUCAUCUGACUGACUGGGACACGCGAUCAUUUCCUUUAAAUCCACGCGACCUCUAGAAGAAUGGGCAGCCGGAAAAAUGGCUUCACGAAGGAAAGCUUUAUUUUAUCUGUGGACGUCGGUACGACGUCAAUCAGGUGCCAUGUGUACGAUAAGGAGGCGAACAUCCGAGGAUCCUGCACCAGCGAGGUCGUCCCGCUGUAUCCGGAGGCGGGACAUGUGGAGAUGGACCCGGAGGCGUUGUGGAAGGGCUUUAUCGCCGUGGUCAAAGGAGCAGUGCAAGACGCUGGGGUGCAGAUGUGUCAGAUGGAGGCCCUGGGCAUCUCCACUCAGAGAGCCACCUUCACCACCUGGGACAGGAGAACCGGGGUUCCUUUUCACAACUUCAUCAGCUGGCAGGACCAACGGGCUGCAGAGCUGGUCAAGUCUUGGAACAGAUCCUGCACCAUGAAGAUAAUCCACGGCGUGAUGAAGGUGGCCUACUUCCUGACGCGGGACAAACGAUCCCUAGCAGCGAGCCUCAUCGUCUUCUCAACUCAGCACGUCACCUUUCGCCUGGUCUGGGUGCUGGCCCACUACCGGCAGGUGAGAGGACGGGGCGUGGAAACUCAGUCUGAGGAGCUGCAGCCACACAGACGCGUUUCUGUUUUAGGCCAUAGAAACUAG